AUGCCUCACCCAGACGUCGACGACACAUGGUCAGACUCGGACGAGGAGUUGGAAGCGGCAGACGUUGAGACCGCCGUUCAGCUGGGCAUCCCAGACGGCCCCGUGGACUCCGUCGCCGACCUCUCAGACCCCACUGUAUCGCGAAUAGGUGGUCAUCCUACGUUCCUUGCUGCACCUCACCCUCCGCUCACCCAAGCGACUUGCAACAAUUGCUCUCGGCCGAUGGAGCUACUCGUUCAAAUCUGGUGUCCCUUGGAGGACAGCCCGAACGACAGGGCACUCUUCGUUUGGGGCUGUGCGAAUAGCAACUGUCAACGCAAGGAAGGGAGCAUCCGAGCAUGGCGGGAGCUGCGCUACAACAAAAAGUACGCUGAAAAGCUCGAAAGGAAGCAGGCUCGCCUGAAAAAGGAAGCCCAGCAAGGGAAAGCUGCUGCAGAAGCUCUAGCUCAGAAAGCUCAGGCAAAGAGCAACCCUUUCGCUCUGGGCGCAUCAUCCGCUCCACCCACACCAUUCGGGUUAGGCUCUCAAAUUUUCGGCGGCUCUGAUCCUAUGCCUUCCUCGGAAAGCUCUACAGUCGACUCCCCGCAGAAUCAGAUCUCCGAGCGCGACGGAUCGCCUCAUAGCUCCGAGAGUAACAGCGAAGACGACGACGACGGCGACGACGACGCGCUGGCAGCAGCUGUCCAGUCAGUGGCAUUGGAAGAUUCCCCGUGGAAGGACGCCCCAGCGUAUUCGGCGCAGUAUCUGUCCACUGUCUCCGAGUAUCUACCUCCCACACCGAAACUCAAGGGGCCCGCGGGGGCGAUCGUCGAUGAAGACAGCGAGAGGGCACCCAAGGAUGGUGGAUGGGGCGGUGAGGGGUACGAGAACUCUAUGGAAGUCGACCAUGCGUUCGAACGAUUUAGCAAGCGAGUGUCAUACGAGGGGGAACAGUGCCUGCGGUAUGAACUGAAGGGCACUCCGCUCCCAUACGCAAGCGACAAGGUUUUUGACAUGCUCUUUCCUCUUCCUCCCGCACCGCCCCUGCCUGUCACCAAGGCCAGCUUCAUGGUGACGCCCCCACGCAAACGGACCUACACCCCGGAAUCACUCCCCGCGUGCCCGCACUGCAAGUCUCGACGGGUUUUCGAAUGUCAGUUGAUGCCGAACUUGAUCAACGUACUCCGGUCAGGCCCGAACGAUGCCCAGGCGACCAUGACAGACGAGGAACGACGGGCGGAAGUGCUGAAGGUACUGAAGGGGCAGGAUGCAUAUGGACGAAGAGAGAUGGAAUGGGGCACCUGCAUGAUCUUCUCCUGUGAGAAAGACUGUGCUGUGCACGAAGUGGCAGGAACGACUUGGCGGGAAGAAUAUGUGCUUGUCCAAUGGGACGAGUAG